AAACAUAACAAGUUAACUUUUUCUUACAAAAUUGCCAUCAAAUUAACUUUUUCUUGCAAAAUCAGACUCUUGUUGUUUUCUUUGGUCCAAAUAUGAUAGGUAGCCUAAAACAAAUGCAACCGCCUCAACGUGCUGCUUGUAUUUAUUUUAAUACAUCUUUAAAUAGUAUUCUAGGACUAGUACUAUAAACUUCUCAUGCCCUUUUAAUCACUUUUCAACUUGGGUCUAAAAAAACCCAACCAUAAAUUUUUGAACGAUACAAAAAGUAAUGUACCGAAAUAGCGCGCAUUUUUUAUUUCUGAUUUUUGAUCAUGAUAAUGUUUACGAGAAUUAAUGUUCCUACCUAGCUUCAGCUAGUAUUUUAAUAUUAUUUUUUUGUCUUAUCUCUCAUAAAAGUUUUUUGACCCUUUACUUAAUUUGAGUCAUUUCUCAAUUUAUAAUAAAAUUAACACACUUAAUUUCUCUUAUUUUAAUGUCUCAAUUAUUUUUAAUUUAUAUCAUAUUUUAUCUAAUUUAUUCUUUUUCUAUGAAAUUAAAUAAAUCAUUCUUAAUUUUUGUGUUCAAAAGAAACAAUUUAAUUGUAAUGGGACAAAGUGAGUAUAUAAAGUGAUAUAUUGAGAUUAAGUAUGUCGUAUUUGCUGAAAAAUAAUUAAGUUUUGUGGACGAUUAUUAGUAAGUUUUUAAAAUUAAAACUAUCUUUUUUUAAUCUUACACUAGAUAUGAGAAGAAUUCGGUCCAAUCAGAGUCAAGAAGCGAGUCGGCAUAUUCAGUAAAAUUUCAAGAAAAUAAGCGAAUGUCGCUAAAUUUGGCACAUACGCUUUUAGUGUAACUGAAAAAGACGCGAAAACGCGUUGACAGCAUUCAAGGUAAUCACUGGCGUCAUUAAUUCCACCACAGCAGCACCAACUUUCUUUUCGCGGCAGUAUUUAUCUUUUCAAACUCUGUGUCAGCGUUCACACUCAACAUGAUAUCCAUAUCGAUUUCAGCUAAGUUUAUGUCUCAUUUCCUUUUUUUGCUUGGCAUUUUUUGAGCCAAAGAUUGAGUUUUGAGAGGAAAUUAGCACACUCCCUUUCACCAGAUUUCAAGAUUUUCAUGUGGGAUUUUCAUUUCUAGCUCAAGAUCGAAUUUUUAGCGAAUUACAAGCUCCCUUUUUUCGAUUCUUGAGAGUUGGUGGCUGCUGUUUCAAAAUGGGAAGUUUAUGGAGCUGUUUUUUCCUGAUUUUCUUGGCGUCUGCUGCAACAUUCGGAGUGAAUGCUGUGAAUCUAGAAGGUACAACUCUGCUAUCACUUGUUAGGCAUUGGAAAGUUGUACCUUUACCCAUCAAGUCCAGCUGGAAUGCUUCAGAUUCCACUCCCUGUUCUUGGCUUGGUGUGAUUUGCAAUCCUAGCAACGUUGUUAUUGAGGUGAACAUAUUUAGUUUGUCGAUUUCAGGCGAAUUGGGGCCGGAAAUCGGCUAUUUGAACCAUUUGGAGUCGAUUGAUUUGAGCUUUAACAGUUUUUCUGGUGCAAUUCCAUCAUUGCUAGGCAAUUGCAGCUAUCUUGAGUCUUUAGACCUGUCUAACAACUUCUUUAAUGGCGAAAUUCCGGAAAAUCUAGGAAAUUUGAGGAGAUUAAGGGAUUUGAGCUUGUGGUCGAACAAUCUCGGUGGCAAGAUUCCUGAAUCUUUGUUUAGGAUUCCUUCAUUGAGAUUGAUUUACCUCAAUAACAACAAGCUUACUGGUUCAAUUCCUAGGGAUUUAGGAAAUCUAAGCUUAAUUGAGACGCUGUCUUUGAACAAUAAUAUGCUGUCUGGGACUAUCCCUUCGUCGAUAGGGAACUGCAGCGAGUUGCGAGAGCUCUACUUGAAUGAUAACUCGUUUUACGGGGCUUUGCCCGAUAGCUUGAACAGUUUAGAUCAUUUGCAAUUUUUGUUUGUGGAGAAUAACAAUCUUGUGGGGAGGAUUCCUAGUUUGGGCUCUUGUAAGGAGUUGGAGAAUCUAGUUUUGUCGAGCAACCGGUUUAGUGGAGGGAAUCCGACAGGGUUAGGAAACUGCAGUAGCUUAACUAGUCUUGCUGCUGUUGGUUGUGGUUUGAGUGGUCCUAUCCCUUCUUCUCUAGGUAGAUUGACUAACAUUAGUCUCCUUUAUUUGUCUGAAAAUCGACUGUCUGGUUCGAUCCCGCCCGAGUUGGGGAAUUGUGAGGCAUUAACUGAUUUGCAGCUGUAUGGAAACAAGCUCAGUGGUGCUGUUCCGAGUGAAUUAGGUAUGCUUGAUCAGCUGCAGAUAAUCAUGCUUUUUACGAACAAUUUAAGUGGAGAGAUUCCAAGCAGCAUUUGGAGGAUUCAGAGCCUUCAACAGCUUAUAGUUUAUGAGAAUGAUCUCGUUGGUGAGAUAUCGAAUGAGAUCACAGAGCUGAAGGAGCUGAAUUAUCUUUCCUUGUUCGACAAUCAGUUCUCGGGUGUCCUCCCUCAAGGGUUAGGCAUCAAUGGCAGUCUAACUCAUGUAGAUCUCUCGAGAAACAAGUUCAUCGGCCAUAUACCACCAAAUCUUUGCUUCGGGAAGAAGCUGAGAAGGCUCAUCUUGGGCCAGAAUCACUUCAAUGGAAGCAUUUCUUCUGAUGUUGGGAGGUGUACCUCGCUCACGAGGCUGAUUCUCAAGGAGAAUAGUCUCGAAGGUAGAUUUCCUGACUUUGUCAAGCAUUCUGGUCUUGAAUACAUGGAUAUUAGUAACAAUAGGAUUAGUGGGUCGAUUCCCUUGAGUUUAGGUGAUCUUGCUAAUGUUAGUUUUAUUGAUUUGUCUCACAAUAAGCUUGUUGGUGGUAUGCCUCUUGAGUUGGGGAGUCUUGUGAAUCUUGAAUAUUUAAGUCUCUCUCACAAUCGUCUCGAUGGCAUGAUGCCGUCACAGUUGUCGGGCUGUCACAAGCUGUCGGAGCUUGAUCUGAGAAACAAUCUGUUAAAUGGGACAAUUCCUUCCAGCUUGAGAAGCUUGAGUGAGUUAUCCGUAUUGGAUCUUAGUGAAAACCGAUUUGGAGGGGGUGUUGCGACCACCUUAUUUCAGCUAGGAAAGCUUUCGUCUUUGCAGCUCGGUGCAAACCUAUUAGGUGGGGCUAUUCCUACUUCCAUAGGGCUGGAAGUCGAAGCACAGAGCCUGAGAUCGUUGAAUCUCAGCAGGAACGGGUUGAUAGGCCGUUUCCCUGUGGAAUUCGGGAAGCUUAAAAUGCUGGAGCAAUUGGAUAUCAGCUGCAAUAAUCUCUCAGGGAGCCUGGAAAUUAUUGGUGAACUCCGGUCUUUAACGGAGAUCAAUGUCUCGUAUAACUCGUUUACUGGUCCGAUUCAGCCUGCAGUGAUGAAGUUCCUGAUUUCUUCGCCCUCGUCCUUCGUUGGCAAUCAAGAUUUGUGCAUUGAGUGCGGAAGGAGCUGUGAGGGAAGUAACAGAAGCAGUAACGCCUUCAAAAUGUGUCAUUCUCAGUCAAGGAAAAGAGGCCUCAGUCCCGUUGGCCUUGCAAUGGUCGUCUCUGGAUCGUCCGUUUUCGCUGUUAUCCUCGUUCUUGGAGUUUCUUACGCGUUUAGGAACAAGGGCCAUGAGGGGAACCUUUUAGGCGAUGCAGAGGAAGGCGCCUCGUCUCUACUCAGACAAGUUAUGGAAGCUACUGAGAAUCUACACGAGAAAUACAUUGUCGGGAGGGGAGCACACGGGACAGUGUACAAGGUGGCGUUGAGUCCAACGAAGGCGUAUGCUUUGAAGAAGCUAUCUUUUGCUGGAUCAAAGGGAGGGAACGCGAGCAUGGUGCGUGAAAUUAAGACCAUUGGCAGUGUGAGACACCGCAACCUAGUUAGGUUCGAAGACUUCUGGCUGAGGAAGGAUUACGGUCUGAUUUUGUACCCUUACAUGGAGAACGGCAGCCUGCACAACGUUCUGCACAAGUCCCACCCUCGGCUGCCCCUAAAAUGGGAGGUUCGUUACAGGAUAGCUCUCGGAGCUGCUCAAGGCCUAAUGUACCUUCACUUCGACUGUGAUCCUCCCAUCAUACACCGCGACAUCAAGCCACUGAACAUCUUGCUCGACUCGGAUAUGGAGCCUCACAUCUCCGAUUUUGGGAUCGCCAAGCUCUUGGACGAGUCGGUUUCCUCGACACAAGUUGCAGUCCAGGGCACCAUUGGCUACAUUGCUCCAGAGAGCGUUCUCGACCAGGAGUAGUAGGGAGUCGGAUGUGUACGUGUAUGGCGUGGUGCUGCUGGAGCUAGUGACGAGGAGGAGGGUACUGGACGAGUCGUUUGGAGAGGGAGUGGACGUUGUGAGGUGGGUGAGGGGCGUGUGGGAUGAGGAGGAAGGCCUCGGGGAGAUCGUGGAUCGGGAUGUUGUGGACGAGCUGUUGGAUUCGAGCCUAAGGGAGCAAGUGGAGGGUGUGGUGGCGUUGGCUUUGAGGUGCACUGAUGAGGAUGCUGGGAAAAGGCCUUCUAUGAGAGAGGUUGUAAAGCAAUUGGUGGUGGUGGAGAGUAGGAGUAGAAGCAAGAAUAGAUAGGUGGAUUCAUUUUUUAUGCAAGAUCCACCCUCGAUUUCUGCGCACGCGCACGCACGCGUGAAAUGGAGGGCGUGGAUCCAAAAAUGCAUCCACCCUCGAUUUGCACGCGUGCGUGCAAUGAGGGCAUGAAUCGGUACAUUAUAUUAUGAUAUAGUUAUGGAGUAUUUAUUUGAUACUAUUUUGAGUUAUAUUUAUGAUUAUGCUUUUAUGAUUGUGAAACAUAUAACGGAAAGUCAUUAGAAUUGUGUAAUAACUUAAUUAGUUACCUAAAGAAAAGAAUUUUGAUUUGUUA